UAAUAUGACUAGUGGCAUCUGUUCAGGCACCUUCGUACCCACAGAGUACGGCCCUGACUUUACGGCGGUAUCAUUGGCAACCCUAACCCUACUUUGCUUGUAAUGUUUUCAUCGAUUAAAGUUGUAUCUGCAGUUUGGUUAUUAAUAGAACUACAUAUUGUAGUAUAGUUUUCAUAACCAAAAAUACAAUAAAUAAUUGAGAAGAGAUGACAAGUUGUCAGCUAAAUCAAAUAUUUCGGGGCGAGAUUGCUGCCGUUCAAAACUAUGGCGCAUUUGUGAGAAUUCCUGGAUGUUCACAACAGGGUCUAGUUCAUAGAUCACAGAUUAGUACAUCCCAUGUUGACGAUGUAGCAGAUGUUUUACAACGAGGAGAUCGAGUUUGGUGUAAAAUAAUUUCAUUGGGAGAUGAUGGUAAAAUCGGUCUUUCCAUGAAACAUGUAAACCAAGGCAAUGGUUCUGAUCUAGACCCCAAUGGUGUUCAGCUUCAAAAAGAUGAACAAAGAAGGAAAACUAUAGUACCUAACAAACGCAAAGUUAUAGAGCUACAAGCAGUUUUAAAUACCACCUGUUCUAAGUGUGGUACUCCUGGACAUUUGUCUAAUGAUUGCUUCAUGACUCCUGAUGGAAAGAAAUAUGAAUUGCUACCAGAAAUUGAAGAGGAAAGUAUUCCGCAAAAACCAACAGAUACUCAGCCAGAAAAGAUACCAAAAAAACACAAAUCCAAAAAAUCAAAAAAGAGAAAGAAGUCAAAAAAAUCAAAGCACAAAGGAGAUUCAAGUAAUGAGGACUCUGAAUCAGAGGAUGAAGAAAGUAAGAAAAAGCGGAAGAAGAAGAGAGCAAAGGAACAAAAGCGCAAAAAGAGAAAGCAUAGCACCAGUUCCUCAGAUGAAGAUUCAGGAAGUGGUACCAGUACACGUAACACAAAAAGUCAAGCAAAGUCACACAGAAGGCAACAAAAAACAUUAGAAAAAGUAUGAAUAAUUUUAAACAUUCCAACUGAGGUGCUGAUUAUUGUAUUUUUUUGCUUAUUGAAAACUUAGUUGACUACAAUCAGUUUAUUUUGAUACACUUGAUAUGAACUGUGCGAUCAAUACUGUCUCGUACCACACUUAAAUUGAUAAAAUAAAAACAGCACUACAUACUAA